GAUUAUUUCUGCAGUGUGUUUUGGACUGUUGUUUCUCUUUUGGUUUACAUGUGAAAUUAGUUUUAAUUUACAGUAAUAAGAGUUCAUCUUUACUUUACUUUUGCAGUUUAGAGGAAAAGCUCAGUGUUCUAAUAUAAUAGUGGAGCUUCAGCUUUUAUGCACAUUAGUUCCAUUUUGUUCAUAUAUAUGUAUAUAUAUGAAAAACUAGGAAUUAGUGGUUAAUCUCAUCAGUCGUGACAAGAUGGAGAUACCUGAUUUGUUCAAGAGCAAGAAUCCCUUUCCUCUUGAAGGCAGCCUGAAGGUUCGAGUUGACAAAAAGAACUUGCCAUCUCACAAAGCCAUGGUGUCUGCAAUGAAGGCAAAAAUGCCUUUAAUGUACCAAAGAGAUGUUUGCCGUACCAAGUGGUACUAUGCACACUAUCAGAAACAAUGCUUGAAGAAUGUAGCCAAAGACCUUCAUUUUGCCAAAGAUGUUAUUAUACAAAGGCACCCAUCAGCUCUGUCUUUUAAGGAAUUUGAUCCCAGAAGUCUAUACGAUGCUUCCAGUGUCAUUAAUAAACAAAAAAGUGAGAACAUUACUCCUAGGAAAGUAAGGCCACCAAGAAGGCUCAAACCACUGAGGAGUCAGCAUCAGCCAAUGAAGUCAGGUGUUUCUCUUGCCAAGCCCAUCAAUACAAAUUUCCCUUACUUCUUGGAAGAGUGUGAAUAUAAAGCUAAAGUAGAAAGUGUACUUGCAGAACCAACUUUGCAGAUGCAGGCUCCUCCCUGUUCUCCUCCUCCUCCUAGUGAGCCCCAGUACUCACAGAUAUUCCUGACUGAACCUCAGGAGAUGUUAAGAGACAAGACAACCAAAAGAGGGUCAAAACCAACUUUACAGGGCAUCCCAGCCCAUGAACCACAGCAGCAAGACCUAGGAUGGGAAGAGAGACUGUUGACAAAAUUAAGCAGGGCUACAGCUCAAUGGAUUGUAAAUAGUCAGCACUCCUGGGGAGGCUGGGUUCAGGGCAAGCUACGGAAUUUUAAGAGGCAAAAAUAUGACUGGAGCAGUAUCAGAUAUGUACUCACUUCUGAAAGUGAUGUGGAGCUCCUCAAUGAAAUUGAGGCAGAGGAAGCUGUUUUGGAAGGCCAUAUUCAAAUCCAUGAGAAAAAGAAAGCUGAGACAUCUCUCCUCACCUAUUACAGGAAACCAUCCUUCCAUACAAGAGUGCUUUCCAUAGAUGACCCAAGUGCUGACAACAAAACAGCAGAUACAAUAUCAAAGAGGAGUCUUAAGCCAAUAUUUCAUAUUAAACGCCAAGAAAGAUUGAACUUCCUGCCUGGGAAAUAUUCAUACACUACUCAGAAUAUCUUCGAACAAGAGCUCUACUUUGGGUCAGCCAAAAUUGUCCACCAAGAUACCAAGAAGGACUGUUUGGUUAUGGAUAAUAAUGAUGAGUAUUAUAUACACCUUGAGCAAUGCUACCCAAGACCUCCUGAGAUCUGGAGCUUUGGGCCACCAAAAAAGGCAGUUCAACGGAUAAGGAAGGGAAUCAUCCACUGGACCACACUUCCCACUACCAUUGAAGAUUUUGCUCAGUUGGGUGAAGCACAACAACCCCCAGUACCAACUCAGAGAAAGAGAGAAGGAUACAGAAAAUCUGAAGAUGUAUCUGAGGAUAUCCACAUACGUAGGACUAUGCUGGAAAAGUGGAAGGCUGCUUGGAAAUUUGAUCCUCGGUGGCAGUCAGCAACUAUAGAAGGAUUAAUCAGAGAUCUUGUAGAUGUACAUGUUCAAAAUCGAAUCAAUGCUAUACUUAUCUGUGCAUCUGCUGUGCUUGAGAAGCUCCAGCAUGGGCAAGAUACAAGUCAGGAGACAGUAAUAGGAAUAGAAGCUGGUGCGAAGAGUUUAGAAAUUGAGGAUAUACCAUCAAAAAUCCGUCCUUUGCUUAAAAAAACUCUGUUUGAUAAGGAUACACAUGUAAGAAUGGCAGCUGCUGUGUGCUUCUAUGCUAUAGGAGAGUGGAGUCAAGAGGCACAGGAUAUCAUGAAGAAUGCUCUGAUGAAUGGUAACAGUACAGACAGCUGGACAGCAGCCCAGGCCCUAGCUAUGGAUGGCAUUACCAGUUUACAUGUAAUAAAAAGGAUUUUGUCUCAGAUUUUCGAUCAAAACGAUGAUGCCACUGAAGAUCAGGCUUGUCUGUUAUUGUCUCGUCUCAGCAAACGCACAGGCUUGGUUCAUUGUUUGCUGGCAUCUGAACUGAACAGCUGCCAAUGGAAACAUCGAGUGUUGGCUUGUAAAACUUUCUCUCGUAUUCCUGGGAGUGUCAGCCAGGAUCUCAAGAACAAAAUUGUCCAGUUGAUGUGGACAGACUGGAAGUUUGAUGUACGCCAGGCAGCUGCCAAGGCUCUUGGGCAUUUGAAACUUGGAAAAGAGGUCCACAACCAGCUUAGGGAGCGACUGAAGAGAGGAGAUUGCCGGAUGAGGGUGGAAGCUCUUACACUUAUUGGCUGGUUGAAACUUAUGACAGCCCGGCUGCUCCCCAGAUAUCUUCAGUGUUUUUCUGAUGAUUUUGUAGCUGUCCGAAAAGAAGCCUGCUGGGCAGCGGGAGCACUUAGGAUUAAAGAAGAGACAGUAAUUAAAUGCCUUUUUAAGAUAAUGCAGACUGACCCUCUCUGGAAAAUCAAGGCUCUUGCCAUUAGAGCUCUGGGACAGAUAGGUGAAGCAAGUUCCUACCUAAAAAACCUUCUUCUCUGGGCCCUUCAUUAUGAAGAAGAUCCUGGAGUACGGAGAGAAGCUUGCCGUAGCAUCAUCACUCUCAACAUGAAGGAUGAAACCGUCAGAGCUGCUUUGCAAGAGAGAAUGAUAAUGGAACCGAAUGAACUAGUUAAAGAGGAGGUGAGUCAUGCUGUGAGGACUUUCAGUUUUGAACAGGAAGAGGAACAAGAAAUGAUCCAGAAGAUCAAGAACAAGAUUGUCACACUGAGCCAGAAAGAUUUAGUGAUUGAGAAAGUGCUGAAACUUCAAGAGGUUACAGAGAACACAUGGCAGGAAGCCCAUCGCAUCUAUCGUGAGAAGGGAGACAUUUUUGCAUACAGAGAGAUUCGGGACAUCUUCCUUGCUGUUGUUCAAGUCGUUUUCACUGAUGAAACUCACUUGCCCAGCAGGAACUUCUCAGAGCUCUGGUCUAGCACCUUAAAUUUACUACCUUGGUUGGAAAUCCCACCAAACCCAUGGACACAAAGAGCUUUCUUAGAAGCACUGGAAAUACACAAUGCUGAAAAGGAGGAACGUGCUAAGAAGUCAAAGGCAGCCACAAAGAAGCAGGAAGAAUCUAAGGCCAUCAAGAAGAGUGAAGAAACUGGUGUCUCUUUUGUGCCAUGACUAGAUCAUUUAUUAUACUGGCUCUUUUACUGUGGAAAAGAAGGUACAGUCUUCUAAAGUUGUACACAGACAAUAGCUUUUUACGGGCCCAGGGGAAAAAUUAGUACUACCAUUGCCUAUAGUACCCAUGUGUGAGUCCCAAUAUGUACUUUCGGAGUCUGAAUCCCUGAACUUCAAGAUAUAUUCUGGGACAGUAGGAACUAGAAACAAGCAUUACCAGCAAUACAUUGCCUGCAGCAUAGCUGAUAAUAUUUCUACAACAGAUGUGUAACUGCCAUGGCUGCCUCUUGCUAGAUACUGCAUAUUAGAAGUAUUACAGUCCUUCACAAUGGUUAAAACAGUUUUUGAACAUUUCAGGUUUAAAAAAUGUUUUUAAUGUACGUUCAUUACAAUGCAUACCCACAUGUGCUUAUGCAACACUUGAAAAGGGGGUGGGUGCAAAGACAUUGGUCAUUUGUAAGCUCCUACAGUACUGUACAAUAAUUAUUUUAUAUUUAUUUGUAGUCAGUCAUUAUACUUGGUUGGAAUGUUUUGUCCUAAGCUCUGUUCCUAACACAUGUCUUAAGUGGCACACUAUUUCAUUUUUUCUCUAGACACAUUGGAACAUGACCAUACAUCUUUGUCAUAUCAAUAUGCUUAUAGGUGCCAUGGCAAGCUCAGUCUGAGUAGCAGAAAUGUACUUUCCUAUGGACAACUGAUGAUUUGGAGAGAUGUCUAGAGGGAAUUAAAACAAAUAGAGAUUUGUAAAUGUAUUUUUUGUACGCUUUUAAAAAUUUGUACCCAUGUAUUAGUUCAGAUUUCUUACAUUUGUACAAAAAAUAUUUUUCAGUGAAAUUAAAAGAAAUGUCCUCUAAACUAAAGCAAAGAUCUUUGUACUACCACUAUGCACUACCUUCUCAUUUUAUUACUUCCCUUUUACAAUACUAAUUCAAUAAAUUCAAUUU